AUGAACCGGAGCUUUACUCGCUCGCAACCCCUGCGGAACGUGGACCUAAACGCCGUGGAAGUGAAAAGCAAGUACGGCGCCGAGUUCCGCCGCUUCUCAGUGGACCGUCUAAAGCCAGGCAAGUUCGAGGAAUUCUACAAGCUUAUUCUGCAUAUCCACCGCAUCGCCAACAUGGAGGUGAUGAUCGGCUAUGCCGACGUCCAUGGAGAUCUGCUGCCCAUCAACAACGACGACAACUUCUGCAAGGCCGUGUCCACCGCACACCCCCUGCUCAGGAUCUUUAUACAAAGACAAGAAGAGAUGGACUACGCUAACUUUGGCAACAACACCAUCACCCGCAAAAAGAAGACAGUGGUGGCCCUGCGCAACAACGACAUCAACCGUAAGAGGGCGAACAUCCGCAUCGGCAUGCCGCAGGACUUCCGACCCGUGUCCUCUAUUAUCGACGUGGACAUCCUGCCGGAAUCCCACCGUCGCGUUCGGCUGUACCGUCACGGCUCGGAUAAACCUUUGGGAUUUUACAUCCGUGACGGAACCAGCGUCCGCGUCACACCGCAGGGUUUGGAGAAGGUCCCGGGGAUCUUCAUAUCCCGGCUGGUUCCCGGCGGGCUGGCGGAAAGCACGGGUCUGCUGGCGGUUAACGACGAGGUGCUGGAGGUUAAUGGCAUUGAAGUGAGCUGGAAGUCGCUGGACCAGGUCACCGACAUGAUGAUCGCAAACAGCCACAACCUGAUUGUGACCGUCAAGCCCGUCAACCAGCGCAAUAACGUGGUGCGCGCCAGCCGCAUCUCCGGAGGUUCGGGACGGUCGUCGGACAGCGGCGGGUCCGCCGGGUACCCCGCCCCGGGAGGGACGGCGCCCUCCGGAGCACGUGGCUACCCGGACGACCUGGAGAGCGACGAUGAGACCGACGUCGUCAUUGAGAAGAGCUUGAAGCGCCCAUCCCAGAGGUCCGACGCUUCACGCUUACAGCAGCAGCAGGCACAGAGCGCCGCAGCCGCUUCCGGUCCCGCGCCGCCCAGCCCUCCAUCACGCCCCCCUUCGGUCGUCUCCACAGCUUCCUUUCACUCCCAGACCAGCCUCAACGGGGGGUCGCACCACCACCACCAGCAGCAGCAACACAGCAGCCUGAGCUACCAGCUCCUCAGAGACCUGAACCUCCAGCACAGUCAACCCGGUCACCACGGCAGCAACCCGGCCCUCCGUCACAGCAACGGGAGCCUUCACAAAAUCCUCAGCUCCUUGAAAACUGACCCGCGGCACAGCCUGGCCCUGCCCAGGGGUGGGGUGGAAGAGGACGGCACCGUCAUCACGCUAUAA